GAAGGAAUAGAUGUAUGUGUAACAUUGGGGGCGCAUUGAGGAACCAAAGAAAGACCAAAAGACCGGUUAAUUUUCAUGUGAUGUGUUAAAUCAGGCAGAUGGAUAUAAAUAGCGGCCGGUCUCUAAUGCAAACUUCAUCUGUGAAGUAUGGAACGUUUUGGAAAUUCAUUGGCUUCAAAGGUUUUUCCUCAGGAAGUAGCUAAAGAUGGUAAACAAUGACUACUUUAAAUAGUUUGUCUAGAAAGGUUUUGAUUACCGGACUUUUAAAGAAAAGGAUUGCGGUCCCUGAAUUAGGGGAGAAAACGAUCUGUAUGGAAACGAAGGCUUAGGAUACUGAAAUUGGGACAAGCGUGUUGUGAAGAAAUAGGGAUUUUAGUGCGUUUCGUGCAGGUUAUCGAUAUUUCACUUUAAAUUUUAAUUGCAUUUUAUUGUUUUAACGUUAAUGGAUAUGCACCUUUCGGAAUCGGCAUCUUAGAAUAUGUCAGAAAAACAAUAAGCUAUUUAAAAGCAACUCGGGUCAAAGGCAGAUUUAAAUAUGAGGACUUCGCUUGCCCCUGGCAUCAAACUGAUUACAUCGUUAUCCAGGGACAACUGGUACCGAUACUUCACCCUGUUCCUCACGUUUCUCUUCUACACCAGUUACCACCUUUCCCGUAAGCCUAUCAGUAUCGUCAAGAGUGAGCUCCACAGAAAUUGCUCAUUGGUAAUUCACCCUCCCGACCUCAACAUCACAAACAAUGAUACCUGGUGUGACUGGGCUCCCUUUGACCAAGAUGAUUACCAGAAAUUGUUUGGACUUCUCGACAAUGCCUUCCUCGUUGCCUACGCCAUUGGCAUGUUUUUCAGUGGGAUAUUCGGAGAGAGAUUACCCCUGCGUUACUACCUCACGUCAGGGAUGCUUCUCAGUGGCCUCUUCACCUCUCUCUUUGGACUGGGUUUUUACUGGAACAUCCACUCAGUCUGGUACUAUGCAUUUGUGCAGGUUAUGAAUGGACUGGUACAGACUACAGGGUGGCCAGCAGUGGUGGCUUGUGUCGGGAACUGGUUCGGAAAGGGGAAGCGAGGGCUCAUCAUGGGCGUUUGGAACUCUCACACCUCAGUGGGAAACAUCUUGGGCUCUCUCAUUGCCGGGGCCUAUGUCUCCUCCGCCUGGGGUCUGUCCUUCAUCGUGCCUGGCAUCAUCAUCGCCUGCGCAGGCGUCAUCUGCUUCCUUUUCCUCGUGGAGAAGCCAGAGGACGUUAACUGCACUCUUCCCCAACACCACGAAAGCGCCGAGCAGGAGCCCCUGUUGAGGAACUCGUCCAGUAAUGAGGAGAUCUUUAACGGUCACACCUCCACGGCCGUGGAGCCGGCGCAGGAGCACGCGGAGGCCAUCAGUUUCUGCGGAGCCCUGCGGAUCCCCGGUGUGGUGGAGUUCUCUCUAUGCUUACUCUUUGCCAAGUUGGUCAGUUACACUUUCCUGUACUGGCUGCCUCUCUACAUUGCUAAUGUUGCACAUUUUGAUCCUAAGAAAGCAGGAGACUUGUCAACAUUGUUUGACGUUGGCGGAAUUCUGGGCGGGAUCCUGGCUGGCCUGGUGUCUGACUACACCGGGGGCAGAGCCACCACCUGCUGUGUCAUGUUAAUUGUAGCUGCUCCUAUGCUGUUCCUGUACAACAAGAUUGGACAGAACGGACUGGCAACUACCACCGGCAUGCUGCUGUUUUGUGGGGCGCUGGUGAACGGACCCUACGCCCUCAUCACCACCGCUGUGUCAGCUGACCUGGGAACUCACGAGAGUCUGAGAGGAAAUGCCAGAGCUUUGUCGACAGUCACCGCCAUCAUCGACGGCACUGGAUCUAUAGGUGCUGCUCUUGGACCUCUGCUGGCUGGCCUGAUCUCUCCCACUGGUUGGAACAAUGUUUUCUACAUGCUUAUUUCGGCAGAUGUACUAGCUUGUCUGUUUCUGUGCAGACUGGUUUACAAAGAGGUCAGAAGAUGGUGUGGCUACACAACUAGACCAAGAGGGUUCAAAGAGAUCUGAGGCGACAUUGGGGGGGAAAAAGAGAACCUCACACCUGCAGGGAGUAUCACCAGCUUAAUGACCAAAAAGGGACCAAAGACUGACCUAUCAAAACACAGGCCUUUAUACCCACAGGGCGUUUUAAAUGAAUAUGGAAACCAGGAACUUUCAUCCUAAUCAAAAACCAGCUUCGAGCUCAAGGCAGAAAAAAAAAAAAAAAAAAACCCUGAAUGAUGAGACAUGAUGAAGGGAAGAGGAACAGACUGCACACCUCACAGGAUCUGACAAAGAAAAGAAAGAAGGAAAAGAAAGAAAGAAAGAAAGAAAGAAAGCGAGAGAGAAUCAUUCAGCUCCUCCAUUUUAAACAAUGGUUUUACAGACCAAUUUCUAUCUAGUCGUAUUUCUUUUAUGAUUAAAAUUUCCCGCCGGUGCAAGUUUUUCUUUUAUCUUUUUGAUUACCUGUUUCUAUGGUUACACCAGAUUCAAUUUACAUCUCUCAUCCAGCAGACACUAACACAUGCAAUGAAAAACAGCACCAACACGUUUACAAACACACAGGGUUUUUUUUCGGGGGCCGGGGGGGGGGGGGGCAGUUGUGCUCAGUCAGGUGGACUUUGCCCCGUGACAGUUGGUAUCUCUCUGGUGUCCUCUCUGGAUCCCAGACUCCUCGAAGUGCCUAUCAACACUUAGUUUCCUGGUGGUGGUUAAAUUCCCUCUGGGAGUCUUUUUCAUUCUAGUUAGAUGGUGUUUGUUCUCUUGAGACGAUGCUGAGAUUCAAUGAGAAGAUGGAAAGUCAUUCUCCACAGCGUUAACUGUAGAUGAAUCAUAAGUAUGACUAAUAGAGGUAUUCAAAUGAAAAUAAAAAUUCCUCCAAAUUUGUUUUUUUUUGUUGUUUUUUUUUUUUUUUCAAUCUUAUUUUUGAUUGUGUGCGGACAAAUUAACUUUGCUUUUAACCUACACUCAUGCACACUUUCCUGCCUGUUUAUAUGAAGUCAACAUGUUGAUUAAACAUGGAUUUUCAAAGUG